GUUGCCGGGCGGGCAGAGCAGGAAAAGAUCAGAGUGCAUGUGUGUAUGUGAGCGUGUGUGUGUGUGUGUGUGUGAGCCUCACGUGGAAUGGAGUGUAAUUAAACUUGGCGAGAAACUGAAGAAGAAGAGAGCGAGGAGGAGGAGGCCAACACGGCUAAUCGCAGUGCAGAGGGGACGAGGAGGAGAAGAGGAAGAAGCGAGGGAGGAGGAAGGGGAAGUGAAGAGCUGGAGAACAAACAAAGACGAGAGAAGAAGAAGAGUGAGUGACAGCCACGGGACGAUUGGACGACUGCUGCGCUCGCACUGAUACUCUGGCUGCUGACAGCGCCAACGCUGAGUGGAGACGUUGAGAGGAAUGCUGGGAGGGAUUAUCUCUCCCUCAGGACUCGACACUAAUCUCUCACCACACACACACGCACACACACACGCAGACAAACACACACAUACCUUGUGUGUCUUGUAAAGAGACCUUUGGAUUAGGGUAGCCAUGUUUGAAGUCCUAGAGCAGUCUAUGGAUAGUAAGCAUUCACUGUCGUUACAUUACUGUGUCAAACUUUUCAGAUCUUUAUAAUAAGACUCUGUAUAACUUUCAUAAUUGAUCAACUUUGAUACCUUAUUUGCUUUUUACGGAAGUUAGCAGGGCUGUCGUCCCUGUGCCAUUUAUUCUACUGGCCUCAUUGUGACUUGAAGUGUAGACAAACACUGGUUCGAGUAAAGUCUGCUCCUUUGUUUGCUGUUCUUAAAACAGCACUUUGACCUAAUUGCUGCAGGUCACAUUUUCGCACCAUGAAAACCUUAUGACCUGACCGCAGUGAAGCAGCCAGGGUCAGAGGGGGGGUUUUAUAGAGCGCCUUCAGGACCUUGAGUCAGGAGGAGUGUGACUACUCCACAUGGGAUUCCUCUAAACACACAGAAUUCCUUGGGGAAUAUUUGGAAUAGUUAAGGUGAUGUUCGGAGGCCUGCUCUGGGACGGCCUGCACAUGAUAUUCAGAACUUAAGUCGCAUAAAGACUCUUCUGUCUCGGCCAAGUUUUUACACGGACUGCCUAAAUUUCAGGAGCUGUGGUUUAUCCUGGCAAAAUGUGACCGGCCAUGAGAUCACAGUAGCUUAUUGUCUGUCAUGGAUCUGGAGCUGGGGGCAGACGCUGAUCUGGGACAAGGGGCAGCGCCGGCGACUUGUGUGGACACAACUGAACAAGAAGAGUUUGAGACGGAGGGAGAAGGAGGAGAAGGGUUUGCAAAUGUGAAAGGAGUCGAUGGAGAGUUCAGCUCCGAGUCCUCCUCGUCGAACGCCUCCCUGCGCUCCUCCUCCACCCUCCCUGCGCCGUCCUCCUCCUGGCCGCCACCGCCCUGCGUGGAAGAGGAGAAGGAGAUGAUGAGCGGCUGCUCCAAGUCUUUCACCGGACUCAAGAUCUUCAACCGGAGGAAAGCGAUCUCCAAGUCUGGCCUGCACCAUCUGCCCUGUCAACCCAGCACGUCAUCUCUGAACAGGACCGACCCAGAAACAAGUAUCCGCAGUACUCUGGACUGGACUGAAUCAGCUGUGUAUGGAGAUCACAUCUGGUUUGAGACGAAUGCGUCCGGUGAUUACUGUUACGUGGGAGAACAGCAUUGUAUUGCCAGAGCACUGCAAAAGUCCGUCAGUCGAAGGAAGUGUUCCGCCUGCAAAAUCGUCGCCCACACCAUCUGCAUAGAACAACUGGAGAAGUUUCCCAGCUCUAACGCCAUUCUGUUGGAGGCCAGCCCGCCCCUCAGUGACCCCAACUUUAGAAUAAACUUCAGGUGUAAACCAUCUUUCAGAGAAUCGGGCUCGAGGAACAUUCGAGAGCCCAUUGUGGUGCGUCAUCACUGGGUGCAUCGGAGACGGCAAGAAGGCAAAUGCAAACAAUGUGGGAAGGGCUUCCAGCAAAAGUUUGCUUUUCACAGCAAAGACAUAGUCGGCAUCAGCUGCUCCUGGUGCAAACAGGCUUACCACAACAAGGUUUCCUGCUUCAUGCUGCAGCAGAUUGAGGAGGCUUGUCCAAUCGGGGCUCACGCUGCCCUCAUAGUUCCGCCCACAUGGGUCAUCCGAGUCCGACGCAAUCAGUCGUCCAUGAAGUCGAGCAAGAAGAAGAAGAGGACGUCGUUCAAGAGGAAAAGCAGCAAGAAAGGGGCAGAGGAAGGACGCAUGUGGAGGCCGUUCAUCAUCCGACCCAUCCCCUCACCGCUGAUGAAGCCUCUGCUGGUGUUUGUCAACCCAAAGAGUGGAGGGAACCAGGGAACUAAGAUCAUGCAGUCCUUCAUGUGGUAUCUCAACCCAAGACAGGUGUUUGACCUGAGCCAAGGAGGACCAAAGGAAGGCCUGGAGCUGUAUCGUAAAGUCAACAACCUGAGGAUCAUGGCCUGUGGAGGAGAUGGCACUGUGGGCUGGAUCCUGUCUUGUCUCGACGAGCUGGCAAUAAACCCUCAGCCUCCUGUCGCCGUGCUGCCACUCGGGACAGGAAAUGACCUCGCUAGGACCCUCAACUGGGGAGGGGGCUACACAGACGAACCUCUGUCUAAGAUCCUGUCCCACGUUGAGGACGGCACCGUCGUCCAGCUGGACAGGUGGAAUCUGCUGGUGGAGCCGAACGUCAGUGCAGCGGCUGAACUGGACGAACAACAAAGUGAUAAGCUUCCUCUAGAUGUUUUCAACAAUUACUUCAGUCUGGGAUUCGACGCUCAUGUGACUCUAGAGUUCCAUGAAUCCAGAGAGGCCAACCCAGAGAAGUUCAACAGUCGAUUUAAGAAUAAGAUGUUCUAUGCUGGGACAGCGUUCUCAGAUUUCCUGAUGGGAAGCUCCAAAGACCUGUCCAAGCAUAUCAAAGUGGUGUGUGAUGGGACGGAUUUAACAUCGAAGGUUCAGGACUUGAAGCUGCAGUGUCUGGUCUUCCUCAACAUCCCCAGGUACUGUGCGGGCACAACACCGUGGGGGAAUCCCAGUGAGCAUCACGACUUUGAACCUCAACGCCACGACGACGGAUACAUCGAGGUCAUCGGAUUCACUAUGACGUCCCUGGCUACUCUCCAAGUUGGCGGCCAUGGCGAGAGGUUGAACCAGUGCAGAGAAGUCACCCUCACCACCACUAAGCCUCUCCCAGUACAGGUGGACGGAGAACCGUGCAGACUUGCUCCCUCUGUCAUCCACAUCAGCCUCAGGAACCAGGCCAACAUGAUCCAGAAAACCAAACGACGGACCUCACUGCCACACCUCAACGAUCAGCAGCAGGUCCCCGAGAGGCUGAGGAUCCGAGUCAGCAGGAUCGGUAUGACCGACUAUGAGGCUCUGCACUACGACAAGGACAAACUACGGCAAGCAUCCAUUCCUCUGGGCCUGAUCGUGGUUCCUGGUGACAGUGACUUAGAAACCUGCCGAGAACACAUCCAGCGCCUGCAGGAGGACUUCUGCUCUGUCCAUCCUCCCUUUAGGUGCUUGGGACCGCAGGAGGAGGCCGGCAAACCAAAGAUCCUCUCCUCGCAGAGGUUAUCUCCAAAGUGGUGUUUCCUUGACUCAACGACAGCGGAUCGCUUCUACAGGAUCGACAGAGCACAGGAGCAUCUCAACUACGUAACCGAAAUCUCCCAGGAAGAGCUUUUCAUCCUGGACCCUGAGCUCAUCGUCACCUCGACCGUCGGCACCUCCCCCUCUGACAGUCUUGACGUAGCGACCCCUGCCUCCAGCCUGGUGAACAGCAGUUGUUCUCAGAGGCAGCGGGUGAACAGCGACAGCUCCGCAGCCGAGGCUUUCGCGCUCAACGCGGCGCCCGUGGCCAGCAAACUCACCAGGGCCGGCUGCAUCCAUCGCUCCAACACCACUGCUGCCGAUUUUAAACCGAGACUGAGACGAGAGCAGAGCCAGAAGACGGAAGACACCGAUGGAGAGAGAGAGAAAGAGAUGUUGAUUGAGUGCGUGAAGAACAAGGACGUGAAGGGGCUGCAGGAGCUGCACCUGAAGGGGGCGGACCUCACGGCGCUGGACCAAUCGGACUGCAGCCUGUUGCACCACGCCGUCAGCACGGGGAGCAAAGACACGGUCCGCUACAUCCUGGACAACGCUCCGAACGACCUGCUGGAUGUCACCGAGAAACUUCAUGGGGAGACGGUCCUUCAUCGAGCUGCGUCCCUGUGCCACAGGACCAUCUGUCACUAUCUGGUGGAAGCGGGGGCGUCCCUGAUGAAAACCGACCUGCAGGGCGACACGCCAAAGAACCGAGCAGAGAAGGCUCAGGACGCUGAGCUGGCAGCCUAUCUGGAGAACAGGCAACAUUACCAGAUGAUACAGAGGGAGGACCAGGAGACGGCUGUUUGAAACUGUCAAACUCUCAAUGAGCAGGGCAGAGAUGAAGAUGCUGUCGUCCUCCUCCUCCUCCUCCUCAUCAUGAUGAGACCGAGGCUUCCACGUGUCAUUCCAGAGUGGAGGCCGAGGAGUGGGGGUGGACCAGAUCUGAUCCCAACAUGCGUUUACCGGAGAUUAUGGCAGAGAUGACAAAUGAUGACAGUGACAGUGACACAGAGCUUGUGCAGUUGAGGGUGAAGACGAAGAUAUGUAAAGUCCUUCCUCUUCUUUUUGAGCAGCUUGGUGAUAACAAGUCUUGAAGAAAGUCCGAGCCGCUCCCACCGUGGACAGAAACUUGAUAGAAACUCUUUCAUCUCAAACUCUCUGCCAUGAAUUAAUGAUACUGCAGCGUUUGGUCGGGUUGCACCGUCUCACUUGUGUUAAUGUCUUCGCCGAGCCUCACAAGCCUUAAAAAAAAACAAAAAACGUACCAAUCAGAGUCUUUCUUUGGGGCGGAAUUAUGAAAUGAGUAGUGAGCGCAGCGAGAGACUGGAUGAGUUCACUGAAUAUCCAGUCUCUUGGGAAACUUUAGAAGAAAGGGACGGGGAAUAUCACAGGGUCAGAACCAGCAGAGAUCUUCUCCAGGGGGCCAUGAAUAUCCCUCGCAAAGUUCAGGUGAAUCAGAACCAAUGUAACGGACCAAAGUGCUGACGUUUUGAUAAGAUGGGGAUAAGUUCAGGUGAAGCCAUGAGGACUCAUCAGGAUCCCAUUCAUUCUGCCAUAUGAAGUGAAUAUUGGAAUGAAGCUAUGUGGUCAUUUCCACUGAGCAUGAACCCGACCAUCAGUUGUGUUGUGAAAACUGCUUUACUUCUUUAUCUUACCUCACCUAUUCAACAAUAUCAUUAUAUUGUUCAUAGUGUAUUUUUGUUGACUCUGUUUGUCGACAUGUUGAAGAUCUGAUUAUUAUUUAUGUGUGUGGGUGGGUAGGGGGGGGGGCAGCAAUGGAUCAAAGAGACAUGUCUGAUUGUGGUUUUGUUCAACUUGAGCAAACUAUAAUUUGUUGUGCCAAACAGUUAAACGUGUAGUUCACAGAAAUGUACACCAAAAAUAACAAGUCCAGAUCAAUGUCCACGUGGACACAGGAACUGAAAUGUUUGGAAAGGACGUAGAGUUUAAAUUCUGAAUUUCGUGAGGAUUGCAACAAGCUUUUACAUUUGAGGAAUAUGCAACAAUUCGUAACUAAAAACCAAAUCCUUAAGGUUAAAAAAACUGUUAUGGAGCCAAAACCCUUAUAUAGACAAAGAUACAUUUUCUAUAACGUAGUAGUGUGGAUGGAGCCUGAGAGUUUUGUGUCUCUGCGUGCGGCGUUGUUAUUCUGCUAAAGCUUCCCUUCAAACUAUUCCUUGUUUUCUGCUGUUAUUGGCGAGAGCACAUUGAAAUGCAAAUGAUAUUUUUUAUUUAAGAUCAACAUUUUCCCAAAAAUAUUUGCUUUUUAUUUGACAUAAGUAAUUUACCCAUGUUUUUCGUCCUCAUUGAACAAAAUACGAUCCAGCUCAUUCCCAGUGGGUUGUCAUCCAUCAUAUCGCCCUGCUGGUGACCAGAGCGCUCACACACACACACACACACACACUCUGCUCCGAGAUUCAAAACGCAGACGCGCUGCUGGGAUGAAAAGCAAAGCUGAGCAGCAAGUGAACCGACCUCCAACUUUUUUAUAGAUAUAAAACAGAAGUCAAAAAGUUUCAAUGCGCCAAGAGUUUUGAGGGUUUGAUGAUAUUCCUUUUUUUUUUUGUACAGUGUAUUAUUAAAAACUUCUCUGACUUUUAUUCAACACAGCAGCUGCCGGAGAGAAACCAACUCCACCGACCUUCUCUUGUUUAGUUUUGCCCGUGGAAUUUAGCGUUUGAACCGUGUUGGUGUUUUCAGAUCAGUUUUGCUUUGACAGUAAACUCUUACAUGUUCUGCGAUAGGUCGUCUUUUUUUUUUUAUUACAUCUGAGACCCGUAUAAUAUUAACGCUCUCAUGUUUAGGAUUCUGCUUUUUGUAAACAAGUUGUGAUAAAAUAAAUGGUUUUAAUUUUCAA